CGUCGUCCGGAUACACGUCAUUAUCAUGCGACCCGGUUCUUUGCACUUACCGUACCCACGAAGGACGGACCAGGGAGAAAAUUGUAAUGAAGUGAACCGGAUAGAGCUUUUAAAGGAGUAAUGGCGAUGACUUGUUUGAGUCGAGCCCUGAGUUCCCUCUUCAUCUCCCCGCCUGGCUUGCUAUGCUCUCAGGUCAACUUGAGUGCUUUGGCAUGUGUGCCAGUCUUAUUACCUGCAUCCAGUGCAGCUCCAUGCCGGGGAUUCCUCACUACAGCCUCUCUGGAGCAGAACAGAACACGGUGGAAGCAGAUCGAGAAGUACACAGUUCGACCGAUAGGGAUGAAAAAGACUGGAGGAAGAGAUCACACCGGUAAAAUCAGCGUACAUGGCAUCGGCGGAGGCCACAAACAAAGGUACCGCAUGAUUGACUUCCAACGUCUCCGAUAUGAGGAAGAUAAAGGACGGGAUCCCUUCGAUGAGAAGGUUGUUCAAGUACGAUAUGACCCGUGCAGGUCAGCCGACAUCGCCCUCGUGGCUGGAGGCAGCCGCAAAAGAUGGAUUAUUGCGACAGAGAACAUGCAAGCGGGAGACAUCAUUAAAACAUCGCCCGUCAUUGCACGCAUGGCAGUGUCAGCAAAUGAGGGCGAUUCCUACCCACUGGGAGCACUUCCUGUCGGCACCCUGGUCAACAAUCUGGAGGUACAACCUGGGAGAGGAUCACAAUAUAUUCGAGCUGCAGGCACAAGUGGUGUUCUGCUUCGUAAAGUCAACGGAACAGCCAUCGUUCAGCUUCCGUCAAAACGUCAGGUUCAGGUACUGGAGACGUGCAUGGUGACGGUGGGCCGCGUGUCCAACGUGGACCACAACAAAAGGAUCAUCGGCAAAGCGGGUCGCAACCGCUGGCUCGGUAUCCGCCCGUCAAGCGGUCUGUGGCAGAGGAAGGGAGGCUGGGCCGGACGCAAGAUUAAACCGUUGCCGCCAAUGAAGAGUUAUGUCAACCUACCCUCCAUCUCAGCUAACUGAAUAUGACAUGAUUGGAAUAAAGGAAUGCUUGUUUGUACAGAA